UCUCCAUUUAAUACUUGUUCAGUUGCUCCAUACAGAAGAAGACAGGACAGGACUAUUUCGUGAGAGAGUUUAAUUAAAACUAAAACCAGACCUUUGCCAUUUUUCCCUCUCACCAUCUUCUUCAUUCUUCCCAUUUUUCCUCUUCCAGCCAUUACCCAAAACGGGUCUGGCCUCCCUGAUGAAAGUUCCUGACAACUUUUUUUUUUUGCAACCUUGUCGGUUUUCUUUAAGAUGGAGCUUGUUAUCAAGUUUUCUUCCCCACCAUUUCACUACCAAGCUUGCCUUGUCAUUGUUACCAAACCACAAAAUGGGUAAUGCAACUAGCUAUCAUCCUGUCCCCAUCAACGAAGAUGUCCUUCCUCAACCUCAAGUCAACAUCUCGGUGGCGGACGAGCAUGAAGCUGGUGAAAAAUGCUGCACCAGCUUCUACAAACGAUUCGGAUGGUUCCACUACAUCGCAGGGGCAAUGGCUGUUAGGGAAACAGUAUGGAAUAGAACGAUUGAAGAAGUGAUUAGAUCACUCUCCUUAGAGUAUUUAUUUGCCCCCACUACUUCGUUGCCGGUAGGAUUUAGGCAAACCACCCCCAGGAGUCCCUCCAAUCAAAUUCAGAAAGCAGCACCUUUCGUGACUUCUGUGUUUGUGUUUUUGGAGAAGGAAAAACAAGGAAAAGAAGAUGAACGUUGGAAGAGAAAUUCGGCUGCAGACUUGUAUAGUGAAAAUGGCAGUUCCCUUUCGAAGGGUUACGUCAUUUCACAAAAUUCAAAAUCAAAUAAUUACAAAAGUAAAUUGAAACAAAAGCUAAACAGUAAACCCAAGUCAUCCGCUCACAAGGGAAACAAAGAAUGACCAAGUCAAACAAUAUAAAGAAAAAUUCAACAGAAAAAACAUAUAAAGAAAAGGAAAAACAAAUAUGACACUUCUCCAUUUAAUACUUGUUCAGUUGCUCCAUACAGAAGAAGUCAGGACAGGACAGGACUACUUCGUGAGAGAGAGAGAGAGAGUUUAAUUAAAACUAAAACCAGACCUUUGCCAUUUUUGCCUCUCACCAUCUUCUUCAUUCUUCCCAUUUUUCCUCUUUCAGCCAUUACCCAGAACAGGUCUGGCCUCCCUGAUGCAAGUUCCUGACAACUUUUUUUUUUUGCAACCUUGUCGGUUUUCUUUAAGAUGGAGCUUGUUAUCAAGUUUUCUUCCCCACCAUUUCACUACCAAGCUUGCCUUGUCAUUGUUACCAAACCACAAAAUGGGUAAUGCAACUAGCUAUCAUCCUGUCCCCAUCAACGAAGAUGUCCUUCCUCAACCUCAAGUCAACAUCUCGGUGGCGGACGAGCAUGAAGCUGUUGAAAACUGCUGCACCAGCUUCUACAAACGAUUCGGAUGGUUCCACUACAUCGCAAGGGCAAUGGCUGUUAGGGAAACAGUAUGGAAGAGAACGAUUGAAGAAGUGAUUAGAUCACUCUCCUUAGAGUAUUUAUUUGCCCCCACUACUUCGUUGCUGGUAGGAUUUAGGCAAACCACCCCCAGGAGUCCCUCCAAUCAAAUUCAGAAAGCAGCACCUUUCGUGACUUCUGUGUUUGUGUUUUUGGAAAAGGAAAAACGAGGAGAAGAAGUUGAACGUUGGAACAGAAAUUCGGCUGCAGACUUUUAUAGUGAAAACGUCAGUUCCCUUCCGAAGAGUUACGUCGUUUCGCAAAAUUCAAAAUCAAAUAAUUACAAAAAUAAAUUGAAACAAAAGCUAAACAGUAAACAAAAGUCAGCCGCUCACAUGCGAAACAAAGAAUGACCAAUUUAAACAAUAUAAAGAAAAAUUCAACAGAAAAAACAUAUAAAGAAAAGGAAAAACAAAUAUGACACUUCUCCAUUUAAUACUUGUUCAGUUGCUCCAUAUAGAAGAAGACAGGACAGGACUACUUCGUGAGAGAGAGAGAGAGAGAGAGUUUAGUUACAACUAAAACCAGACCUUUGCCAUUUUUGCCUCUCACCAUCUUCUUCAUUCUUCCCAUUUUUUCUCUUCCAGCCAUUAACCAAAACGGGUCUGACCUCCCUGAUGCAAGUUCCUGACAACUUUUUUUUUGCAUACUUGUCGGUUUUCUUUAAGAUGGAGCUUUUUAUCAAGUUUUCUUCCCCACCAUUUCGCUACCAAGCUUGCCAUGUCAUUGUUACCAAACCAGAAAAUGGGUAAUGCAACUAGCUAUCAUCCUGUCCCCAUCAACGAAGAUGUCCUUCCUCAACCUCAAGUCAACAUCUCGGUGGAUGACCAGCAUGAAGCUGGUGAAAAGUGCUGCACCAGCUUCCACAAACGAUUCGGAUGGUUCCAAUACAUCGCAGGGGCAAUGGCUGUCAGGGAAACAGUAUGGAAGAGAACGAUUGAAGGCGUGAUUAGAUCACUCUCCUUAGAGUGUUUAUUUGCCCCUAGUACUUCGUUUCUGGUAGGAUUUAGGCAAACCACCCCCAGGAGUCCCUCCAAUCAAAGUCAGAAAGCAGCACCUUUCGUGACUUCUGUGUUUGUGUUUUUGGAGAAGGAAAACCAAGGAGAAGAAGAUGAACGUUGGAACAGAAAUUCGGCUGUAGACUUUUAUAGUGAAAACGUCUGUUCCCUUUCGAAGGGUUACGUAGUUUCCCAAAAUUCAAAAUCAAAUAAUUACAAAAGUAAAUUGAAACAAAAGCUAAACAGUAAACACAAGUCAGCCGCUCACAUGGGAAACAAAGAAUGACCAAGUCAAACAAUAUAAAGAAAAAUUCAAC